AUGCAGGCGGCAGAGGCGGACGCAGGCACAGGCAGGGUGGCGGGCGGCGCUGAAGGCCUGGGCAGCCAGGGGGGCAGGGGCGGCCCUUGCAGUGGGGGUGCUGUUGCCGCUGCAGACAACGGAGCUCUGUGUGUCGCGCCGGCACAGCACUUUCCGGGACCGGGUGGACACCCUGUACCCACGGCCAGAAGGCCGGGAAGCCGACCACACGUAUUCGCCCUAAGUGUGCCUUUCCCGUCCACCUUGGAGGCGGAGAUCGCCCGUGGCUACCUGGCCCCAGAUGCCGAACUGCACCAUGGGACUGUUGGGAAGGAGCUCACAGUAAGCGGCAGCGUCCUGGCAGUCCGCUGGAGAGCUGAAGAUUCCCACCUCCUCCAAACUUCCAUCGUCACCUUUCUUGACCAGCUUUCUCUGGUGAUACGGACCAUGCAGCGCUUUGGGCCCCCUGCUGCACGCUAAGCCAGGGCUAGAGAAAGGGAUUAAGGUCUAAACUUGUGCUCCUUCCUAGA